AUGACACAGGUACUAUCAAAAGACCUUAGUGAUUUAUUAGAAAGUGCUUUAAAUGAAAAAAUCGAAAGUUUUGACAUCCAGGUAGAGGGCAAUGGUACAGGAGAGGGUUAUUUAGGAGAAGUUCUUUUUAUAACAUUAACUAACAAAAGUACCAACAAAACUGAAAAUGUAGUAGUCAAACAGGUACUUGGUAGUUCCGUAGAGACUACUAUAAAUUUCAUGUCAUCAACUUUCAUAAAUGAAAUUCAUUUCUACGAGAAGUUCCUCCCAGCUUUGCAAGAAUUUCAGAGAACCUAUCCCGGAGCCGAAAUUUUUACCCAUGCUCCCAAAUGUCUGGCUUCAUGUCUAGAGAAAGGAAAAGAAAAGUUAAUAUUGGAAAACCUGAAGUUUAGGAAUUUUACUUUGCAUCCUAAAAAAGAAUUCGUAGGGUAUAAAAUGUACGAAGCUGUAUUUAAAACAUACGGAAAGUACCAUGGAGCUUGUUUAGCCUUUAAACAGAACCAACCAGAGAAGUUUCUAGAAUUAGCUAAUGGUUUUCAGAACAACUUUAAAAAAUUUGUUACGGGUGGUUUAUUAAAGAGAGGCAUACUUGGAACGAGUGCAAUGGUAAAAUCAAUAUUAAAAGAAAACCAUCCAGAAUUAUACGAAAAGUUUGCACCCUUUGCUGAUAAUGCUCUAGAAAAGUUCUUGAAUUGUUUAGAUUAUAGAAGCCCAUAUUCCGUAAUAACUCAUGGCGACUGUUGGAGUAACAAUAUAAUGUUUAAAAUAAAUGAAUCAGGUGCCAUAGAAGAUGUUCAACUAAUUGAUUUCCAGAUGACGUGGUUAGGUACCCCAGUUAUGGAUCUAGCGUACAGUUUCUAUUCAGGCACUGGAAAGGAAAACUUGGACAAACUAGAUGAUCUCCUAAAAGUAUAUCACGACAGUCUAAGCGAAACGUUGAAAAGUUUAGACUGUGACGUUGAAAAAGUCUUUCCAUUUGAUGCACUCAAGAAGGAGUGGAAGGAGUACAAUGCGUUUGGUUUUAUAAUGGGCUUACUCUUGUGGGUAAACAAAACUGCGGAACCUAGAGAGAUACCUAAUAUUAGCGAGAUAAUGGAUCAACCUAAAGAUGAUAAACAAGAAGACAAGGAACAUUUGGGACUUCAAAUGGACCAUGCCUUCUUUUGUAAAUCGACUAUUCCCAUAAUAAAACAUAUGUGUGAUAAUAAUUUUUUGUAA